UUCCGUGCCCCGCCCCUCCGCCUCUGUUAAAUCUAUGAAGAUGGCGGCGGCGGAGGAGCUGACGUUGCUGGAGAAGUUGCUGGGCUUGAGAAGAGGAAACAAGUAUAGUGCUCAAGGAGAGCGCCAGAUUCCAGUCCUACAGACAAACAGUGGGCCAAGUUUAACAGGCUUGGCUACUAUUGCAGCUCAUCUGGUAAAACAAGCCAACAAAGAGCAUCUUCUGGGAAGUACAGCAGAAGAGAAGGCAGUAGUUCAGCAGUGGUUAGAAUACAGAGUAACUCGCAUUGAUGGACACUCCAAUAAGGAAGAUAUCCGAACCAUGUUGAAGGAUCUUAAUUCAUAUCUUGAAGAUAAAGUGUACCUUACUGGUAAUAAUUUUACUUUAGCAGAUAUUUUAUUGUACUAUGGACUUCAUCGUUUCAUAGUUGACCUUACAUUUCAAGAAAAGGAGAAAUAUCUGAAUGUGUCUCGCUGGUUUUCUCACAUUCAACAUUAUCCAGGCAUCAGACAACAUCUGUCUAGUGUUGUUUUUAUUAAGAACAGACUUUAUACUAAUACUCAUUAGAAGAUCAUCAAGAUUUCCAUGCCAUACGGAAGAGUAAUUGAAAAUUGUUUAAAGGAAAUAGAAUUCUGGACCUUGUAACUAAUUUAAACAGAUAUCCAGUCCUUUGCAGGCUAGAAGAACUUUUGAUAAUGUGUCGAAGUAUGUCUAAAUGUUUCAUUUGUUAAUUUGCAGGUUUUUAUGUAAAAAUGGAAUUGUAGUUUUAAAAAAACUUGAAUCAAAAUCAAGUUCUAAAUUGCCUUGUUUUGUAGGUGAAAUUAUUUUGACAAAGUUGAAAUCAGUGAUUCAAUCUUUUUUUUUCUAGUGAUUCAAUCUUAAUGUUAAAAAAAUCUUUUAAUAUUUGUUCCUGUUUAGCUAUUUAUUGACCUCUGUACCAUAUUUAAAUUUUCAUUUUUUCAUCCAUGAAUGUUUACACUAGUUUGUUUACUAUAAAACUUUAAUAAAUUGUGCCAACGAUACAGAAAGGGAAAAGAGAUUUAUUUGUUUGCAAAUAUUUAUGUGCUCUAGUAAAUAUGGUUGAAAAAAAUAUUUUUUGUUUCUUUUCUGCAGUCAGUAUUCAUUGGGGUGAAAUUAAGAGCUGAAUUGCCCUUAGGGGAAGUGGAGUGAUAUAUAUUCUCUUGAGUCAAUGGAUUUUUUUGUUGUUAUUGUGUUCAAUAAAAUGCAGUAAGUAAAGAGAGAAGGAUAAUACCAGGAGGUUCCUCUCUGAAUUAAGAUAUAAUGAAUACUGAAUUUUCUAAACCAAGUCACAUCACUCAAGAGUAUACUUCUUAAAUUGGUGUAACAGGAAUAAAGAAGGUUAUCAAUACAUGUCUAUAUAGCUUUGAACUCAUAUUAACAAAGUCUCCUUUUCAAACUAGUGGCCUUUGGAUUCUCAUUAUUUAAUGUUUUGACUACUGUUAUGAGAAAUAAAUAUGAGAAAUAAAUAUUCAAGAGAUACCAUGAUAGAAAUCUUAAUGAUCCCUUAAUUGUAUCUAGAAUGGGAAUUCUUAAUCUUUUUUCUGUCAUAGACCCCUUUGGCAAUCUGAUGAAGUAUAUCAACUGCUUUGCAGAAUAAUUGAAGGAAAUAAUAGAUUUCCUUUAGAGCUUAGUCAAAAUAAAGAUGUAGUUUUUUUCCCUAUCGAACUUUAUAGCACUCUCCAAAAUCAAUCCCCUAAUCUUUUAGGGUCCAUGUUCCCCAAGUUAAGAACCCCCCUAAUCUGUAACAUUCUUAAUUUUCUAAAAUGACAUUUAAACCAGAAGCUGCAAAGGCUUAUUGGCAUUAUGGUCACAGUAAUAUCAGUGCCCAGUUUUCGACUUUAAUUUCUUACCCAUUUAUCAGAUAAAAAGGAACUCCUUUUCUAAACAGCUUCUGUCCUCCACCCUCACUUUUUCACCAUAUAUCUUCCAACCAUCCAUACCCCUAACUGUGCAAGUGAUCUUCUUAACUCAGAAGAGAAAUCUCCCACGGCUAGGGCUGCAAUCAGCUUAUUCAAUUGUUUCAACCAUCCCCAAUUGAAAUACACUUUCCCUAGAAACAUUGUUAUAAAUUGUGGUUAGAUUCUAUGCUACUUUUGGUACAAUGUGUAUUUAGGCUAUAUCAUAAAUUGGCUUAUCUUGGCUCUUGACUUGUUCAUUUCACUUAUGCAAUUUUCCUUGGAUUUAUCCACUCCUUUCUGUCUUGUGUAUCACCCACCUGAGCAGCAUCUUCCUAACUGGUCUCGCUGUCAGAUUUUCUCCCCUCUCCAUUCUUCACCCUGAUUCACAACCCUGACUCAUUGAAAGACAUCUGUUGUCUAUUGAAAGAGUUCUUUAAGGCCCAUCUCUAAUAUUUGCCUCCAUGAAGUCUACUUUGAUUCUUCUCAACAGUCAGAAAUUCCUUAAUUCUCUGGGCAUCCCAUAUCACUUAGUAUUUUCUGUCAUAGUUGUUCAGAUAUGGAUGCCAUCUCCCUCCACUUUCCCUCCAUAUGCACAAGUUGUGAGCUUCAUAAGAACAAGACUGUUUUAAUUCUGUUUCCAUCAGUUGAAACUCCUAUUGUGUUUUAUAACAUUGACACAUUCUUCUUGUAAUCCUUGUCAUGGUUCCUAAGCUUUUUAGACAUUUUUUUAAAUUUUUGUAAAGUAACACUAAAGAAUUUAAUUUUAGUUACUUUUAAAAUCUUGUAACUUUGAAACAAACACCUAAUUUAAUUAUGGAGUUAUAAUACCAUGCUUUGUAUUUAGUAAAACAUUAAUAAAUUAAAUGGAUUAAAAUAUGCUUGUGGGUUUGUGGUGCCCAACCAUCAUUUAACAUUUCUUUAGAGAAUGAUGCUUCCAAUUUUGAAACAGAGGACUCCCUAUAUAGACUUUCAAAGACUUAGGGUACAGGGUAUAACACAAACUACACUGCCUUUAAUUAAAUCUAAAAUGAUUCAGAAGGGAUUUCACUGUCCUGCAGUUUAUCCUGGUCAUCUAUUAUAUAAGUACCAAUAAAGUUAUAUUUAUAGAUGACCCAACUCUAAAUAGCCCUGAUAAAAGUUUUGGUUUUAGAUAAAAUAGGCAUAUCUUUCACUAAAAAUUGCAUAAAUGUGAGCUGCAUUCUUACAAAGUUGAGUCAUUAGUACAUGGAAUCAUAAUGACCUUUUGAUACUUUCUGAUUUAAUGGACAGAAUGAACCUAUUGCUGUUCCCUGAUUUAAUGGAGAGGAUGAAAGCUGUUAAACUCCAUUAUUUUCUUGUCCUUUCAGAUUUUAAGAAACUUCUCCACCCUCUUUUUUCCCCUUUAAUUUCAAUCUGGAUCUCAUUACACUAGAAUGCUGUUAUUGACUGCUGCCAGAUUUUGGUCUUUGUCCUCUAUUUUCCAUGUUUGAGACAGUUGUGUGAUCAAUUUUUUUUUUUUUUGGUAAGGCAGUUGGGGUUAAGUGACUUGCCCAGGGUCACACAGCUAGUAAGUGU